AUAUAGUACAUGCUUGCAAGAAUGUGUUCGGGACAAACUCCUCAAAUCUCACCUCCAUUCAUCACCACUUUUAUUUCCUUAACAUCGCUGCUGCUUCAGUUCCUCAACAGAUAAUUUUCACAGUCAGAUGUUUUUUGUGUAGUUUUUGUCAGUAGUAGCACUAACAUGGAGGUUGUGAGUCCAAAAGAUUGUUCUGUUUCUUCAAGUCCUUUCUCUUCACCUAACAUUGGAGCCUUGCUCAAGAUCAAGGUCAUCACAUGGAGCCAACAGACUGGUUUACCUGUUUCUGUCCGUGUUCGAGUUAAAGAUAAGAUGUUCAACCUUCAUAAAUUAUUCAUUUGGAUGUUGUGUUUGUUGUUACAGUUUCCUUUGACUUCGAAGAGUGGAUACUUCAAGAAGCAUUUAACCGAUGCAUCUGAGGUUGAGCUUCCGGAAACAUUUCCUGGAGGACCAGAAACCUUUGAGAUGAUAGCCAUGUUCGUUUAUGGAUCCUCCACAUUGAUUGACCCUUUUAAUGUUGUGGCACUCAGGUGUGCAGCAGAGUUUCUUGAAAUGACAGAAGAUCAUUGUUCGGGCAACCUUUGUGAAAGGUUUGAUCUUUAUCUGAAUCAAGUGGUGUUGCAAAGUUGGGAUGACACCCUUAUAGCACUUCAGAGGUGCCAGAUGCUGCUCCCUUGGUCUGAAUAUCUGUUAAUAGUGAGUCGCUGCAUUGAAUCUCUUGCCUUCAUGGCAUGCAUGGAAGUGCUUGAUCCAGAAAGAAGAAGAGACACCCCAGUUGUGACAGUGGAGGAGUUGGCUUCCCAGGCUUGGAGCUGUGAAAUAAUGAAGGAUGUUGUGAGCCAAGACCUGUGGAUGAGGGAUCUGAUUGCUCUACCCUUUGACUUUUUCAAAAGGGUUAUAGGGUCUUUGAGGAAACAAGGAAUGAAGGAGAAGUAUGUGAGUCCAAUCAUUGUUUUCUAUGCAAAUAAGUGGGUGCUCUCUAAAAAAGCACGCCAAUUUUGGGAGAGUUCAUGUGAUGAGAUUGGGGAAGGUGGCCUGAAUAGCAAACCUUCAGUGAUUCUACAAGGUGUUGUUGAUCUUCUUCCAGUGGGUGAUAAGGCUAGGAAAGUGAUUCCAGUGGGGUUUUAUUUUGCUUUGCUUUCUAGAUCUCUUGAGUUGGGUUUGAGGACUGAAAGCAAGGCUAAGUUACAAGAACAGAUUACAUCACUUCUGCACUUCUCCCAAGUGGAGGAUUUUCUUGUUCCUGAAAGUGGAGCAGAGUUAAAGUCCUCUAGCAUGGAGUUGGAGACUAUGGAAAGCAUAAUUUCAUCAUAUGUAGCAUCUAACUCAAAUGUAAACCAUGCCCCAGAAGCUGGCAAUUUCAGGGUUGCAGAACUGUGGGAUGCAUAUCUAUUCAAUGUUGCAGCAGAUCCUGAUAUGGAACCGAAGAGAUUCAUGGAACUCAUUGAAAGGGUGCCACCAUCUUAUAGACAGAACCAUUACCCACUUUACAGAACAACCAACAGCUUUCUCAAGACACAUCCUGGUAUAUCCGAAGAUGAUAAGGGAGCAGUGUGCAAAUAUCUGGACUGUCAAAGGUUAUCACAAGAGGCCUGCAUUGAAGCUGUUCAAAACGAGUUGAUGCCUCUACGUCUAAUUGUCCAAGCACUUUUUCUUCAACAAUUGAACACACACAAAGCUUUCAAAGAAUGCUCAGAUUCAUUCAGAUAUGCACAUUGUGGAGACAUGUCAGGAAGCUUAUCUAGUUCUAGGUGUCCAUAUUCUGCAAGCCAGAAUCCAGGAGAGAGUCCAUACACUGAUAAACCUGAGCUCACUAGCAGGCCCUUGAGCUUCCUGCUGCAGAAAGACAAUGUGAUGCAGAAUUUCAAGUUCUCAACCACUGAAUAUGAGUCCACAAGCUUCAGGAUUCAAAAUCUAGAACAAGAACUUAUGUCCUUGAAAAGAAGCCUUCAAUUGCACAACAUUGUAACAAAAGCAGAACCAAAUUUGGCCAAAAGCCAGAAGAUAAAGCCGUGUGGAUUAGAAACUCGAUCACUGAGCAAAAGGAGGAACCCAAUUGGACAAGCGACUAGUUGCAUCAGUUCUGUAAAUUUUGCUUCACAAAGAAGGUAUGCCAGCAGGUUGCUCAAGAUCUUUCACCGCAUAACUUUGUUUGGAAGUAGAAAACUGAAGAGAAAACCGGGAACUCCUAGUCAACUGUCCAAGUAAAUGUAGCAUGUGAACUUUACUGUUGAUGUCUUUGAAUGUGGAUAAGAAAAAGCAAUGGAGAAUCUGAGUCUCGAUUCACUUUUUCCUUUUAUCAAAUUCCAUUGAAAAUAACAAGUAAAAAGGAAAAGAGGGUGUGAAAGAAAAACAGCAAAGGAACUGAACAAAGAACGUGCUAAAUGCAAUUCAAUAGGCUACUAUACUUCCUUAACAUUCAUUCAAAGACAUAUAUAUAUGUAUAUCAUCAAAAUCACAAAGGAUGAAAUUAUAGAUAUUGAACUCCGAAGAGUUGACAAAAUGAUUGGGGUUCAGUUCAAACGCUUCAGCUUGUCGUAUGAGUAUAGAACACUCCUGGUUUAACUUGACAUGACAGGAUCAGGAAGAAACUCUGCCAUUAUAUCUAUAAAUAAAUAAAAAUAUUGACGUAACUAGACCAUGUGAGAUUCCACAAUAUUUGCACUUUCGUUUUGCAUGAUUUGCAUAUUGGACAAUGACAUAGUGAUGGUGCUUGACACUGACAGGCAUAUAGACAUCAACCCACUGAUCAGUUUUGUCUGUCUUUUUGUCUUCCCCAAAGUAAAGAAAGCA